UUGCAAAUGAAGCAAUCCACAGGAAUCCUAAGGGUUUUAAGUUUUUAACCCGAAACAGCUUCACUUCACUUCACAACAUGAACACUGAGAGAAACGCGGUCUAAAAACAUAUUGUGACAGUUAUGUUACUUGGGUGCCAUUCAACACACAACAAGAUGGCCACCUUCCUCUGUUUCCUCUGUUUCCUACUGAUUUUCACGUUCACACCUUUAUCACACUCUCAACCGGAGCGUUUCACGAGGCCUUUGGGUGGGGCCCGCCAAGAAUACUUCGAGGUGAGUUACCCUCCACCCUCGCACGAGCCCACACCCUCGUGCACGCACCGAAUCCUCCACCACUCCUUCGCCCACACCAUCGAUUCCCCUCCGUACACCACCCCCUACGCGCCUCCCACGCGCUGCCCUGCCCCGUGGUCGCGCGUGGUCCUCGAUUUCCACGCCCGCUGCAAGGGCGAGCAGUACGACCGCAUCGCCGCUAUAUGGCUCGCCGGCGUCGAGCUCCUCCGCACCAGCACCGCCGAGCCCACCGCCGCCGGUAUCUUCUGGAACGUCCGCAAGGACGUUACAAAAUACUCCUCCCUCUUCCUCAAGCCCGACCUCGACCUCACCAUGAUGCUCGAAAACAUCGUCAAUCGUGACUUCACUGGAAUCUACCACGUUACCGUUACACUCCUCUUCUACAACCAAUACUACGUUAACGCUCCCGUUAGGGUUCCUUUUGUACCUUGCCCCGAGGCUCUCAAUUUGAACCCAAUCGAGUCGAAAUCCAGAUCGAGAUCUCUUAUUCAGGAACCUGGUUUCAGCGGUGUGACAGAAUCGCCGGCGGAUUUGAUUAUUCCGAUCUCCGACGACGGACGGCGGGGGUUUUGGUUCAAGGUGGAGGAGGAAAAGCGUUCGUGUUCGCGGAAAAUUCGAAUUCCGCGGAACACUUACAGAGCGGUGCUUGAACUCUACGUUUCUUUUCACGGAAACGAUGAGUUUUGGUACUCGAAUCCUCCGAAUUCUUACAUAACGGCGAACGGUCUGGACACGGAGCGUGGUAACGGCGCGUACAGGGAAGUGUACGUGACGAUCGACGGGCGCAUUGUGGGGUCGGAGGUUCCGUUUCCGGUGAUAUUCAGCGGUGGGAUAAACCCUUUGUUUUGGGAACCAAUGGUGGCGAUCGGCGCUUUUAACCUUCCCUCAUACGACAUCGAUUUGACGCCGUUUUUGGGGAAGAUUCUCGACGGGAAGGACCACGUGUUCGGAAUAGGGGUGGUGAAGGGAAUCUCUUAUUGGUUGGUGAACGCAAAUUUGCACCUUUGGUUGGAUCAUGAUUCCACUGUGGUUCAUGCAAACCCUGUGGUUCAUUACAGUCCCGAAACUUCAAUCGAACGGCAAGAAGAGUUUAGAGGGCUUGAUGGGGCUUUUGACGUUGACGCGGAGAAGGAAACGCAGAUUACAGGGUGGGUUAUAACCAGUGCUGGUAACAUCACCACCACGGUGUCGCAGGGUUUCUCGUUUAAGAAUUUCAUUAAGUUCCAACGUAAAGGGUCUUUGAAAACGGUUAAGCAGAAGUUCAAGGCGAAGAAGAAGGUGAAGGUGAUCGAUGGCAGAGGGGAAUCGAUUACGAGGUUGAAGGUUCGGCGAAGGUACCCCCUGCGUGUUGUCACCAACACUCAGCAGUUUCAGGAUGGGACGUAUCGUGUUGUCACUGAUGUUUCUCAUUCUGUUAAGGAGAAGUACGUUAGUGGGUGCUUUGUGAAAUCGAUUAACAAUGUUCAAAACUCGAAGGGGUGGAUGGAGGUUAAGGGUCACUCUGUUUUGUCGGGUCAAGCUAGCACCACGCAGAAUUAUAGUUAUGUUGAUAGGGUUAUUUGCUACUCGCGGAAUGUUGCAGCAGCUAAUGGCAUCAUUGUAACGGAUAAUUCGACUUUUGUGUGCGAACUGUGAAAAUUCUUUGUAGUUUCUUUUUUACGUACACCUAUUUGUGUAGUAGUUUCCCAUGUAGGGUUUUAGUUUUAUUUUUUCUACUAGGGGGAAGAAUGUGUAGUAGUAGUAUAUUUUGAAUCUACAUGUAUGUAUUUCCCACUUUCCAUAGGUAGUUGUUAUGUACUACUGUGCCCGGGAUCUAGACACCAAAGAAACACAAGCCUGUGAAUCUUAAAAAUCUGUCACGGUUAAUAAACAAGAUUCAGUACUUGUGAAGGCAAGUAUCAUGAAAGCAUGGCUUCUAGUAGAAGAGAGCUUACUGACGAUCAUCUUCAGUGUGAGACCAUCCUUGCUAGUCUUAAACCAAAGCCUGAGGGCUGCUUGGCUUUUAAGAAAAUCUAUUUUCAUU